AUGUUUCGCAACGGUUCUCGCCCUACGCGCGAGUUGGCGAAGACGCCACUCUUCCAGUUGCACUCCGAGAACUUGCCCUUGGAGAAGCGGUUCGAGAUCUCUUACAAGAGAGCACAGGCCAUUGGGCGUGCAUACAAACUCUCUGAAGACGACGUGCUCAACCUCUCUCCGCGCUUUUGGGAUGUACACACCGAUCCAAUGUGGGGUAUGGACGGGGCAGCGGCAACAUUGAUCACGCUUCAGUAUAACUGCUGCGCAGGAACGCUGGCAAUGUUUGCCGACUCGCAUCCUACCGUGCGCGCUACUCUGGAGAAGGUGCUCAGGUUCGAUAUAUCAGGUCAGUUCUGCCUCACAGAGGUAGCCCACGGCCUCGAUGUCAUCAACAUGGAGACACGCGCUGUGAGCAUGCCGGACGGAACGUUUGAUCUCCAUACCCCGCAUGAUGGGGCAGCGAAAUACAUGCCGCCUACAAGUCCUAUUGGCUUGCCUUGCAGCGCAGUGGUGUUCGCUCGGACUAUCGUCGAGGGCGAAGAUCGUGGGAUCAAACCGUACCUGGUUCAUUUACACGAUGGGAGAACGAUGAACAAGGGGAUUACUUCGAAGCUUCUCCCUCAGAAAGGCGGCUCGCGUCCUCUGAAUCACUCACUCACAUACUUCCAUCAUGUACGACUCCCGGCACACGCUCUAUUGGGCCCGAUCGACAUGCCUGACGACGCCAGAAUGGCGUUUUUCUUCAAUAUAUUUCGCGUUGCAGUCGGCACGAUAGCCGUAUCCUCUGUGGCUGUCCCCAGUCUUCAGAUAUCUUCGUACCUCGCUGCGCGAUAUAGUCAACGUAGAAAAGUGUUCGAUCACGCGGCACCCGGAAAUCAGCUCCCCAUCAUCGAGUUUCGCACUCAGAAGACGCCGAUUGUGACCGUGCUGGCCCAAGCAUAUGUCAUACGCGCUAUGCUAGACUACACGGUCGACCUAUUCCGCGACGAGUCCCAAGAUCCGCGCGUCCGCCACGCCAUAGCUAUGAUCACGAAGGUCACCCUCCUGUUUGCCGCGCAAGAGGCGCAUCUAACUCUCAGUGACCGCAUGGGAGCUCAAGGUCUCUUCGAAGUCAACCAGCUCAGCGCCAUGUUUAAUGACAUGCGCGGCACUGCGAUUGCGGAGGGAGACUUGCUAGUCAUUUCCAUCCGCCUUGCUUCGGAGCUACUCUUGGGGAGGUAUUCGAUCCCUGAGACCAAGGACGUCACAAGCUUGCUUGCCCGACACGAGCUGGGGCUUGAGGGCGAGUUGAAGAGUGCUCUCCGCAUCAUGCCCAACCAUCGUGGCUCCGACUUCGACCGUGAAAUCCUACCUCGAUCUGUAGAGUUCAUCACAGCGAUCGGGCACAGGAUGGCGUUCGACGCGGCCGUCGCUGCAGGAGUCGAUCCUUGUUUGCUAGACCUCUUUGUCGCUGCAUGCGUGAAGAAAGACCCGGCCUUCUACGUUGAGAACAUGGGACUCUCACGGAUACGGCAGCGCAAAAUGGAGGCAACAGCUGUCGACAACGUGUACUCGCGCCUGGAGGAGUUCUUGGCGCCUAUGGAGAUAGAACCUUAUGUCACCGCCCCCAUUGUCUCACAGGAGAAGUGGGACGAGUAUGUUGGUUCGAUGAAGACCUACGACAGUAAUGCUGAGUCUCUAGAGUUCACGCGGCGGGGAAGCACCCACUCAUUGAUCGACUAUCCGCCUUCUUUCCAAUUGACCGCCGCCAAAUUGUAG